AUGCCCUCCAUGUCCUCUGUGCCCCUCUCGGAGCCUAACGAUCACCAGAGGGCCAUCAUCAAAGAUUUUGAGGACCAGAUACAGACCAUCCGCGCCAACAUGAUGAAGACUGAGGCCCUGAUCAUGAACGUGGAGGAGGCCAUGAGGUUGGUUCUUAAGGCCUUUCCUCCUCAGGCCUCCCUCCGUAACAGCGGCUCCGAUGGCGCAUCGCACUCCGCCGCGUCAGGCCUCUGA